AUGGCGGCGGGCUCGGAUCUGCUGGAUGAGGUUUUCCUGAACACGGAGGUGGAUGAGAAGGUGGUGAGCGACCUGGUGGGCUCCCUGGAGUCCCAGCUGGCGGCCUCCGGUCAUCACCACCAGCACCACAAGGCGCAGGAGCCCCUCAGGGCCGCUGGGGGGCUGCUGGGGAACCAUGUUGUGAGCAGCAGUAGCAGCAGCAGCCCUAGCCCUAGCCCUGGAGGAGUAGUAGUAGGAGGCAAUGCUAAUGUCCAAACAGAGAGCAGCAGCAGCAGCAGCAAGAUGGGACUCAGUGCCCCAGAGAUCACAAAAGCAGGAGCUGGAGGAGUGCAAGGGGGCGUUAUUAAUCAUAACACCAGGUCCCAGAGUUCAGCUCUGGAUGGAGUCACUACAACCAGCACCACCACCGCAGCAGCAGCAGCAGGAGGAGGAUCUGAAGCUGCUGCUGCUCCAGGGACCCUCAGUCAGGGCAAAUCAGUGGUUAUCAGUACCAUGGCAACUGCCUUAUCCACCAGGAAUGGCAAAAUUGGGACCACAACGGUGCAAACUUUGAAUGGGAGUAACGUGGUGAUGAACUCUCACCAUUCGGGAAGUGCUGCUUUCUCUGGGACUCCUGCAACUGCUAAUCCUGCUGCUGCACCUGCUGUUGCCCCUCUAGUUAACAAUGGACCUGGAUCUGUGGGGAAAGGAAAUACAGUUAAUGCUGUUUUGCCAUCAGCUUCUAACACUGUCAUCCAGACUUCUUUCCUCAGCACUGCUGUGUCCUCCGCCUCAUCCUCAUCACCCACAGUAAUCUCUUCGCAACCGCCACCAAGCAUUGUAGGUGGGGGGCCUACUGUAGCACUGGUGAGGCCACCAAUUCACACAGCAGGACCCACGGUUGCUGCAGCUGCUGCAGCCACCCAGAAUGGGAGCAAUACUGUGAUCAAUUCAGCCAUCGGUGUGGGGAGUUUUCCUGCUGUUGCUGCAGUCACUGUGGGUUCUGGAGUUUCCCUCCAAACAUCACUUGUGAACAGCCAACCUGGUUCCAGUGUGCCGGCAGCACCCACCACACAGGUCAUCAAAUCGGAGUCUCCUAAAACUAUAGUGCAUGCAGUAUCCCAGCAGCAGACACUAGUUGCUAGUGGCCAGCCCAGUACUACAGGGGGUAAUAUGAUAAUUGGGCAAACUAUGCAAGCUGGGCUCUCCAAUGUGGCCCCCAAUCCCGGUGGGAUACCUCCUGCAGCUCCUGGUACCCCUACAGGAAUGGCUAAGGGCACUGCCAGUACAGUGGCACAAAGUCUGCCAAGGACUCCAACAGCAACUACAAGUGGUAUCAGAGCAACUUUAACUCCUACAGUUUUAGCACCUCGUCUGCCUCAGGCACCUCAGAAUCCAACUAAUAUUCAGAACUUUCAGUUACCACCAGGCAUGGUCCUUGUGCGUAGCGAAAAUGGACAGUUACUGAUGAUCCCUCAACAAGCCUUGGCACAAAUGCAGGCACAGGCACAGGCACAUGCCCAAUCCCAGCCCCAAAAUACCAUGACUCCUCGUCCUGCAACACCUACCAGUGCACCACCAGUACAGAUAUCAACAGUGCCGGCUCCUGGAACGCCUAUAAUUGCACGGCAGGUGACACCAACUACUAUAAUCAAGCAGGUGUCUCAGGCUCAGACAACUGUACAGCCCACAACAACAUUACAGCGUGCUCCUGUAGUGCAGCCUCAAAUUGUUCUGGGUGGUACCGCACAAACAACUGCAUUAGGUACAGCGACAGCUGUACAGACUGGAACUCAGAGAACUGUGCAAGGAGCAACAGCAACCUCUACUGCUGCCACAGAAACUAUGGAGAAUGUGAAGAAAUGCAAGAAUUUUCUAUCCACAUUAAUAAAACUGGCUUCAUCUGGAAAACAGUCUUCAGAGACUACAGCUAACGUGAAAGAGCUAGUACAAAACUUGUUGGAUGGAAAAAUUGAAGCAGAAGAUUUUACCAGUAGGCUGUACCGAGAACUUAAUUCUUCACCUCAACCUUACCUUGUGCCUUUCCUGAAGAGGAGUUUACCUGCCUUGAGACAGUUGACCCCAGACUCGGCAGCUUUCAUUCAGCAAAGUCAACAGCAGCAGCCCACAACACAAGCAACAACCGCGCUGACAGCAGUGAUGCUGAGCAGCUCAGUUCAGCGCACAGCGGGGAAGGCCACUGCCACUGUAACGAGUACUCUCCAACAGCCUGUAAUUAGUCUAACUCAGCCUACACAAGUUGGGGUUGGCAAACAAGGGCAACCUACACCUCUGGUUAUCCAACAGUCUCAAAAGGGAGGGGCAUUGAUAAGGCCUCCACAGGUAACGUUGACACAAACCCCUAUGGUAGCAUUGCGGCAACCACAUAAUCGUAUUAUGCUUACAGCUCCUCAACAAAUUCAACUGAAUCAACUUCAGACAGUACCUGUGGUAAAACCAACAGUAUUACCUGGAAACAAAGCUCUGUCCACUAUUUCAGCACAAGCAGCUGCCGCUCAAAAGAAUAAACUGAAAGAACCUGGGGGAGGUUCUUUUAGGGAUGAUGAUGAUAUUAAUGAUGUUGCAUCAAUGGCUGGAGUCAACCUAUCAGAAGAGAGUGCACGGAUAUUGGCAACAAAUUCUGAGUUAGUGGGCACAUUAACAAGGUCCUGUAAAGAUGAAACCUUCCUACUUCCAGCAUCUUUGCAAAGAAGGAUACUAGAAAUAGGUAAAAAACAUGGAAUAACGGAAAUCCAUCCUGAUGUAGUUAGCUAUGUAUCGCAUGCAACACAACAAAGGUUACAGAAUCUUGUAGAAAAAGUAUCGGAGACUGCCCAACAAAAGAAUGUUUCUUAUAAGGAUGAUGAAAGAUAUGAGCAAGCAAGUGAUGUUCGGGCACAGCUCAAGUUCUUUGAACAACUUGAUCAAAUAGAAAAACAGAGAAAAGAUGAACAAGAAAGGGAAAUUUUAAUGCGUGCAGCAAAGUCUCGGUCUAGACAAGAAGACCCAGAACAGCUAAGGUUGAAACAGAAGGCCAAGGAGAUGCAGCAACAAGAGCUAGCACAAAUGAGACAGAGGGAUGCCAACUUAACUGCAUUAGCUGCGAUUGGUCCUAGAAAGAAAAGAAAAGUGGAUUCUCCAGGAUCUGGAUCAGGGACAGAGGGGUCCAGUACAAGUACACCAGUCCCAGGCAGCUCUGGAGUCGGAACAACUAGACCGUUUACGCGACAAAGGAUAACGCGGGUGAACCUCAGGGACCUCAUAUUUUGUUUAGAAAAUGAGCGAGAGACAAGCCAUUCACUAUUGCUAUACAAAGCAUUCCUUAAGUAAAAUGGAAAAGAUCAAGGUAUUUUUGACGGAGAGACGCCUGAGGACAUUUUUUAUAUAUUUGCAGAUUACGCCUUUUUGUAACAAGCAAAUGGGAUAUUGUUUCAAAAACAACCACCUCUUUACAUGGAACAGUUUUUUAUUCUUGUUUAUAAAAAAAACUCUUCAGUACAAGAGAAAUACAUUUCUUUAACAGUGAGGAUACUUACAAGGCCUGUGGAUACUAUAAAUGGACAAUUAAACUUAACUCAUCUCUUGAUUGAGUGGCCUUCUUGCCAAACAAGCCAUAUAUAAAGACUGAUGGAAUCGUUUAGCAAAUAACUAGCUACCCUUUGUCAUACCUGUAGCAGUUUCAACAUUAAUUGUGCAUUUUAGUUCAGUUUUACUUAACUAAAUUGAUUAUAUAGGUAUAUGUCUACAGCAGAUGACCUCAUUUCAUUUAGCUUUUUUUAAACAGUCAGUUAGCAAAGCAAACUGAUUUUUAAGAAUAUUUAUCUUUCCCCAAAACGUUCAAAUUCUAGAGGGAUAUACAAUUAAUUGAAACAUAACCUCAAUUUUUAAUCACAUUAUUGCUUAUUAGAGGCCCUGAAAUCCCAUAAAGGAGGGUUACUUCUGAAUGUUUUUAUCAGCAUCUGUAAAAAUGCAUUUUAUUUGCUAUAGUUUGUAAAGCUGUAA